UGUCCAUUACUAAACGUCGGUGCUUAAUACUACUAUAAUAUCUCUUAUCUAUGAAAUUCACUAUAACAUCACUAUGAAGGUUAACUGUAGCUGCUUUAUUUGGGUUAUGUAUUUUUUCUGUUUUAAUUUGGUGUUACUUAAUUAAUUGAUCAGAAAUUUUCUAGUUUGUUUCCUUAGAUCUGAUACUGUGCCGAGAUAACAUGCUUUUAACUACAGAAAAGAAAUCAAUAAGUAAUAAUCGUAAAACAGAUUGUGGUGGUAAUAAAAGUUUUUUUACUCCGUGUAAAAGAGUAGGUUUAAGUCGUAACGUAACAUAUACCUCUAAAAAAAUCACAGCUAGUAGUUGUUCUUCCUCCCCAUAUAAUACAGUUGUUGCUGCCUCUGAAGAUACUUCAUAUAAAUUAGAAAAAAAUAAAUGCAACAAAAGUUUGGGAUUAACUCGGAAAAGUGGUGUUAAAUAUGGAUUGAAUGUAAGCCCCACAUUAGAAACUUCAUUUAACUCUUCAGAUGGUACUGAAAAUGUAACUAUAAAUAAUUUCAAUUUAAAUGUAUCCGCAACGGCAACGAAUGCAUUUUCAAGUUCUAUGACUCAGUUAUGUGAAAGUUCAAAAUUGAAGAAAAGGUUUAGUGAACAGAUAAGUACUAAUGGACAAGAUAUACAAGAAGAAGCUUUGACAAAUAUUGAAGAAGAGAUUUUGCAGAAAUUAACAAAAAAAGAAGAGGCUAACAGUGGCACAGUUAAUUCUUUAAUUCAUAAUAAAUCUGAAACACUCAAGGAAACAGCAAUUGAAAAUAUUGGUCAGAUUAUAAGUGACAAAAACGUAUAUAAAAAGGAAAAAGAAUCGUCCAAGAUGUAUGCUAAGAAGGAAAAAAGAAAAAUUGCAAGUAAAUCAACUAGAAAAAGCUUGAGUAGGUUCUUUUCCUCGAAAGCAUCUUCCUUAACUUCUGACUCUGAAGAUGAUUUUAUUUCUUCUGGUUCAUUAUCACAAAAGUCAAGUAAUUCUCAAAGAAGUUCAAUAGGGAAUUUACUUCAAUGUUCUUUAACAAUUGAAAGAUCAGAUGUUGAAAACAGCAAAAACAAAAAGCAAGAACAAAAUUGUGAAAUAGUUAAAUCAAGGCCUCAAAAGAGAAGGAACAGCAUCGGUUCUUCAGAUGGGGAAGAAUGUGCAUCUAUAUUAAAAAAAAAACGCUCAAAAUCAAUCUUUUCUAACACCUGCCAUGAUUAUUUGAAGGAAUUAAAUGAGAACGUGUGUGCUAAAAAACAGCACAUAAAAGAGAAAGAAAGGAUAUUAGCCGAAUUAAGAUUGGUUGAAACAUAUAAAAAACUGCAUGAUAUAGACAAAUUGGAAAAUUCCAUUGAAAUAUGGAGAAAGGGAUUUAAAGAAGCAUUCACCGAUUUACAUUGUGAAUUAAAAGUCGAUUGUGCUGAUGGCAGCACUUCAGCUUUAUUAAAUAAAAUUGUUAUUCCUGAAUCAAUUAAGAAGUCUUGCUCUUUUAAAUAAGUGUAAAAUGUUAUUUUGUAUUAUUAGUAACUAGAGACAAUAAACAUUUGUUAAUAA